AGGAAUCAAGCACGGGGAAACAUGUCUGGAAAACCCAAGCUGCACUACUUCAAUGGACGAGGCCGGAUGGAAACAAUUCGGUGGCUCCUGGCAGCAGCUGGGGUUGAGUUUGAAGAAUCUUACCUGGAAAAAAAGGAGGAUCUGACCACGUUACAGAAGGAUGGAUCCCUGCUCUUUCAGCAAGUGCCAAUGGUAGAGAUCGACGGGAUGAAGCUGGUGCAGACCAGAGCCAUUGCCAACUACAUAGCAACCAAGUACAACCUCUACGGGAAGGACGUGAAGGAGAGAGCCCUAAUCGAUAUGUACGUGGAAGGAAUGUUCAACAGAAACUCUGUUUCAUUGUAUUUGUAGAUAGUAGUAAAGUGAAAUGAAUGAAAAGAAGGGCAAUGUCAAAAUAAGGGAAUGAAUGAAGUGGAAAGUUUUUGAUCUUUCCUUAGCUACAGUGCUGAUUUUGGCCUACUGCAGACGCUUGAAGGUAAGGCUACAUGAGCACACUAGCAAAGGAAACAAUUCACUAUGUAGGGGGUAUGUUGGACAACACUGGAUGCCCUAAACAAAAACUACCUGAAAUAAAUUCUUACUAUUGAUACUCAAAA